CCAAUGUUGACCACAGCCUUGCAGCUUAGCUUCAGUUUCCAUGCAUACACGUCCAAGGUUGGUUGGUCGCUCUGGUAUCGCCGAUGUCGCUAGGCGCCGCACUGCUCUCCGCCAGGCAUUCAUUCCACGCCAACGAUUUGGCGCCGAACGAUAGCGCAGCUAAUAAUAGCUUGGUUCAGCCACAGGCAUGCCCCUCUGCUACCAACAUGACCUCCCUUUAUGGCUCCGGUUUGCUCGGGUCUGGUGGAAAUGUUGUUCCGAAAAGCAGUAGGCCAGGUGCUCAUGGCCUCAGGACCUGGCGUACACGUGAGGCGCCCUCCUUGCCUGUAGCAUCAUUGUAUUGCUCUACGCAGUGUAUCGCGCAUGUUAGCUACUGCGCCGCGUUAGCCCGGGCUUUCUCCAACCCAGUGUUCGUUCUCUUCGCAACAACCAGAUCCAGAUUCUCGGACCUGAUCGUCAACACUAACGACGUUAGGGCGCUAAUGGCUGUUGGCCGUUCUGAAACAUGCCCUAAAUGGGAACACUCCAUUUAA